CGGGACGAGGUGAGAUCCUUGGUUAUUUUACCUAGGUUAAGUGAUGGGAACAUACACUAAAGAAAAAAAAUCACCCUUGGGUCUUUGGCGUUCAUAUUUGUGUGACAGAAUCUAAGAUGUCCCAAGAAAACACAUCAGCCAAUUGCUUAAAUAUAAUAACAACAUCUAUUGAAGAUGAUGCUUUCCAAAAAAGCCAUAGUGCAAGAAUCCUUAGCCCAGAAGAAGUUGAGAGACUGGCAAAAGAUCAGGUUUUGGUGUCUGAGUUCAAACAACUAAAACUGGAGAAAGAGGCGCAGAAGAACUGGGAUCUAUUUUACAAAAGAAACAGCACCAACUUCUUCAAAGACAGACAUUGGACAACCAGAGAGUUUCAAGAGUUAAAAGCAUGUCGGGAGUUUGCAGAUCAGAAACUGACCAUUCUGGAAGCAGGUUGUGGGGUUGGGAACUGCUUGUUUCCACUCUUAGAAGAAGAUCUGAAUAUUUUUGCAUACGCCUGUGAUUUCUCUCCUAGAGCUGUUGAGUAUGUGAAGAAAAAUGCCUUAUACAGUACGGAAAGAUGUAAAGUGUUCCAGUGUGAUCUUACCAAAGAUGAUCUUCUAGAAAACAUACCAGCAGAUUCUGUGGAUGUUGUCACACUUAUAUUUGUGCUUUCUGCCAUUCAUCCUGACAAAAUGCAUCUUGUCUUAAAGAACAUUUACAAGAGUUCUUGUCUCAGCUUUUCAAGGCUGAGGGAUAUGAGCAAGUGGUCAGUGAAUAUGUGCAGCGAGAAACUGUGAAUAGGAAAGAAGACUUGUGUGUUCAAAGAGUUUUUCUUCAAGGCAAAUUUCAAAAGCCUUUCAGUAAGUCAUAAGUGCUACCUCUGGUGAGCUACAUAAGCUUGGAAAGGCUGAAGGGUUGGGGGGAAGUAUAUCCACUUUACUCAGCACUACAACAACCACAUGUGCCCCAUCAGUUAUUGUGUCUCAUAUGAUGAGGCAAGGAUUUCUUAAAACUGACUCAGCUUCCUCAAACUUUACCACAGUUAGAAAAACUUGCAAUGAUUUAGAGUUCACAGAAGCAGAGGCAUAGAGACCAAAUAAAGUUUUCUGACCAUUCAUCUCAAAAUAACAUCUGCUUUAUGACAACUAUAGCUGAAGGCCUUUCUGGCAGGGGUGCUAAUGCAUGCUACUUUAUUUUUCAGGUCUGACUGGAAAUGAGACUGCAUGAGAAAUAAAAAAAAUUAGAAAUAACUGCUCUCCAUUUAAUGUGUUUCUUCAAAAAAAGUGACAGUAGUUCCUCAAGUAGAAGUACACAGAAACACUGAAGCUACAGCCAGCCACAAAAAAGGUGUAUUGUUGUUCAGGCAAUAGUUAGUUCAGUGUAAAGGUGAAGUCAAUGGCUGUCUGCACCUAAGUCUAUUGGGUUGACUCAAACCUUCUGAUUAAUAUUUUUAGUACUUGCCUACAUUUAAUUUCCUUUUUGGGAUGCCCAAUUCAGUGCGUUUGCCUUUGCAUAUGCUAACAAGUGUAUGACAAAGCGAUGAGGCGUCAUGCAAGGCAAUCCUUCAGUCUCAUUUUUGUGCUGUUUCUCUAAAAGGACGAAACACCCAGUCCUCUAAGGCACUUGGUGUUACAGGGUUCAAACCCCACUAAAAAUCAACAGAGCUCUGACUACGUGCAGUCAUUGCAGAACUGCUGUACUAAAGAUGAACAUUUGCUGAGGGAAGCCACAAAAUGAUAAUUGCUCAGAUUAGAAUAAUGCUAUCACUGUUAUACCCUUCUUUAACAUAUUUUUUCACUGUAAAAUGCAUAAAUACCCAGGAUGAUACUUUCCAUAAAAAAAGGAGAUGUCAUGUAAUAACCUUCCUCAAAGAGUUGUUAGGAGAAUUGUGUGUUUUAAUUGCUUUUUCCUCUGAGGCCAAAGUUUGAUGUUACAAUAAAUCCAGCUUUGGGUCUCAUGGUAUCAGACCAAAAAAAGCUGUGGUGGUGCUCUGACUCAAAGCAGUGAUUUGCUGCAAGUUUAUUUAUAAACAUAUUGACUGAAUAAGACCUCUGGUGGCUCCAGUUUGUUCGGAAAAUUCUGACUGGUUAACUUUGUAACUUCAGGUUUUAUGCUGGGAAAGUUAUUACUUCCUUCCCUCCAUGCACAUGCAGCCAGUGUUCAGAGUGCUGAAAAAAAAAUCAUUAUCAUGUCUUAUGGCUAGUUUGUCAUAAACAGAGGCAAAUAUUAAUUUCUGGUCCACGUCAGAUGUGUAUGACUGGGUCAUCUAGCAACACACAAGUCCAGUGGAAUGACAGCCUGAGUCAGUCACAUACUAACACAUACUUCAAGAGAUGAAAUCCCUACUCAGAAUAGGGCCACCCUCAAAUAAAGCCACAGGUUGCUAAGGCCUUGCCCAGUCUAUUUCCAAGUAUUUCCAAGGACAGAGGUUCCAUAACCUCUCUGGGCCCUGUCCCAAUAUCUGACCUCCCCUUACACACACAAAAUUAAAAAAUCUUGGUAUUUCAUUGGAAUUUCCCUUGUUGCAACUUGUGUAUAUUACACAAGAUCAGCACAGCCCAUUGCACAAGCCACCAGAUAAUUCUGAGCUUCCUCUGCUGCAGAGCAGCUGUUCAAAAUGCAGGUUAAAGAUCCAGACACGUUUUUGAGAUUAUAUCAUCCAAGAACAAGAAGAGGUUCUGCAGUGCAAAGAGCCAGGGCUGUUGAAGGGAAACUAUGAAGUUCCUUCAAGAAGAUAAGUCUGUGACAGGCUAUAAACCGUAGCAUCAAUACAGUGGCUUUUAGUGAUAGGAACAGCAAAGCCAAUACCUUUCCUGAGAGUGAUGGAAAAGAAUUAAGACCUCUGCUCUGGAAAGAAGCAGCUGACUACACUUGAUACAAAAGAAAGUACUUCUGACUCACUAAUUUCAGUUCCAAAUGGGAAACUGACCUGCAAAACCUGAACUAUUUCUGCUCAUCAAACAAAGAACGUCUGAAAUUAAUUGGGGAUAAAGACAACCUGAUCCUCUAACAACUUUCUUCAAGCAUGAAAUCAGAUGAAUUAGGAUCUUAUUUAGAAUAUAAACAUUUGUUUAUGUAUCUAAAUGCUGAGCACAUUAAAAAGAUACCAUUAUUAAAAUACCAAGGCAGCUUACAUUAUACCAGAGUCUGUUUCAUUCCUGUAUCUGAGAAAUUCUAUUCAGAAGUCCUACAAGUGCUCAAAGCAGAUGAAAUACUGCAACUUUAACAGCCCACAAAAAACAUAAGUGAUAGGAAACACAGGAUACUUAUUUUAAAAAUAGUUUUUAAUAAAAACAGAAAUAACAAUUAUGAUAAUAACUAAUGAAAACUAGUGCUUAAAAUUAACCGUAUUUAGUGUGCUUUACCUGAUCCUCCAACAAUGCUGCACAGGAUUUACUUUAGAAGCAGGGAUAGAUACUCAACAGGUUGCCUGCAUCACUAAACCAUCUUAAAUUUGAAUUAGAAAUAGCAUUCAUAUUUCACAUGUGAGAAUUAAAACC